AUGGAGGGCAAGAGGGAUGGAGGAGGAGGAGGACAGUGGUCCUGCAGGAGCAGCCUCAUAGCCUUGCUCCUCUUCUUCCUCGCUAUCGGAGUCUGUGUAGGCCUGUUGAUCGCGUACCUGGUGCAGGAGGAGCAUUCUUUCAUGGAUACGGUGGAGCUGAAGGGUCUGAAGUAUGAUGCAGCUUUACAGGAUGGGGACUCUGGUUACUCUUUAGUGCUGUCCUCAGUUUUAAAGUCCAAGAUUGACAAUGUCUACACUGCCUCAUCAACAUCACAUCACUAUGUUGGUUGUAAUAUUGUUGCCUAUGGUAACAGUAAUGGUGACGUGAUGGUGACACUCAGAUUGGUCUUCAGGGUCUCCAAGGUGCAGCAGUAUUCAGAUAAUUUCAUUCAGGACUUGCUGAGAGCUGGACUCAGCGCAGUCAUGCACGGGAAGCCGCUAGAGGUGCCAGAAUUUGGAAAGAUCAACGCUAUCAUCUUACUGGGUGCCAGUGGGAAGUCAUUUUAUGCUGUUGGAGACGAGAUUCUAGCCAGGUGUCCUGACAACACUUUCCUUUGUGACAACGGAGAAUGUGUCACCAAAUUAAAUCCAGAGUGUGACUUCAUCCCUGACUGUGCAGAUGGAUCUGAUGAAGCUCGUUGUGCCUGCGGAACACGUCCUGCCAUGGGGAGUCGGGUGGUUGGCGGUGAGGAUGCUCGACAAGGCGAGUUGCCCUGGCAGGUCAGUCUACGCUUCCAUGGACAGCACACGUGCGGAGCCUCCAUCAUCAGUGAACGCUGGCUGGUCAGUGCAGCACACUGCUUUGAGAGGGACAAUGACCCCAGAGAGUGGACGGCCCUGGUCGGAGCCAGACUGGUGAGCGGUGAGGAGUCGGAGACCAGGACGAUCAACAUCAAAUCACUGGUUGUGUCUCCAGACUACAACCCCACGACCACUGACAAUGAUGUAACGGUGCUGGAGCUGGAGACCCCUCUCACCUUCAGCUCUUACAUCCGGCCAGUCUGCCUGCCCUCGCCCUCACACGUCUUCGCUCCAGGACAGACCUGCAUGGUGUCGGGUUGGGGGGCACUGCACCAGUAUAACCCCGCGAUGCCUCCUACACUGCAGAGGGCUGUGGUGAAAAUCAUCGACUCCAAGGUGUGCAACAAGUCGUCCGUGUACAGAGGUGGCGUUACUCACAACAUGAUGUGUGCCGGAUUCCUGCAGGGCAAGGUGGACUCAUGUCAGGGGGACUCUGGGGGGCCUCUGGUGUGUGAGGGGGCCCCGGGCAGGUUCUUCCUGGCUGGGGUGGUGAGCUGGGGUGUGGGCUGUGCCCAGAUCAACAGGCCUGGGGUUUAUUCCCGGGUCACCAGGCUCCGCAACUGGAUUCUAAGCCACACAGACCCCAGCCUGGUCCGUUAUUACUCCCCGAAUGUUCCCACUGUGCCAGUUACUGUGAAAGAUCUGAGCUUCAAUAAUCCAUCAGCACCAGUGACAACAGCCAUGGACGUGUUGUCUCCACUGAUGUCAUCUGUGUCAAACUGCAGUGGAAACUUCCGGUGUAGCGCCACCUCCUGCAUCAACAAGGUAAACCCGGAGUGUGAUGGAGUCACUGACUGUCCCAACCAGGCAGACGAGAGAAACUGUGUCUGUGGUGUGCGUCCUGCGUUGGGCUCCCAAAGGAUUGUGGGUGGAGUGACAGCUCGAAGAGGGGAGUGGCCUUGGAUUGGUAGUCUUCAGUACCAGAGGCUUCACCGCUGUGGCGCCACACUCAUUCAGAGUAAAUGGAUACUGACUGCAGCGCACUGCAUCAAAAGUGACCCUAGUCCCAGUAACUGGGCUGUGAGCCUGGGAUCUGUGCUGCGCUCUGGGAUAGGAGCCCUGGUCAUCCCCAUCCAGAGGGUCAUCAUUCACCCAGCUUUCAAUGGCACCAACAUGGAUUAUGACGUGGCUCUGUUGGAGCUGGCGGUGCCGGCCCCUGUGUCCUACACCAUCCAGUCCGUCUGUCUCCCCUCACCAGUGCACCUCUUCCUGGCCGAUGCAGAGUGCUACAUCGCAGGCUGGGGAUCCAUGAGGGAAGGAGGUUCAUUGACCAACCUGCUGCAGAAAGCUGCAGUGAAAAUCAUCGAGCAGGCGGACUGCCAGCAGUCGUACGGAAACGUGUUGACUCCGAACAUGAUGUGCGCUGGUUACAUGGAGGGAGGCAGGGACACCUGUUUGGGAGACUCUGGAGGGCCCCUGACCUGUCGUAAGCCCUCUGGCCAGUGGUUUGUUGCUGGAGUGACCAGCUGGGGACAUGGAUGUGGGCGAAUAGGUUUUCCAGGGGUUUACACCAGAGUGACGUCAGUCAGGAAAUGGAUAUCGACAUACAUGCCUUUCUGA